AUGCCGUACGCCGUCCUCGGUCUCGGCCUCCUGGCCCUCCUCCCUCACGUCGCAAGUCACACGACCAUCCUCGACGACUUCACAUCCACCACAGACUUCAACCUUAACUCAAACUGGGCCUUCUUCCAAGCGGGCGACCUGAUCGGCAACGAUGGGAUCGUCUCGCUCGGUAAAGAUGGUCUUUCCGUCAUCUCCCCCGGCACUGUCGACGGACACCCUGCCUUCACGCUGGAAGCGGAUAGCGACCUCGACCACGUCAAGUGGCUCGUGACGGCAAACCACACCGCCUCGUCGGGCUAUCCUGGUUUCGACACUGGCGUCCGCACCUCGUGCUCAGCUCGCCUACGCGGCGAGGUCUACGGCGUGGAGGACAACGAUCCUCGCCCCGCCUUCGUGGCCAGCGUCAAUGGCGACUUUGAGCGCUCGUUCAUGUUCGACUUUGCCGUGACCAAUGACGCAGUGUACGCGCUGUACGAGCGACUCCCAUUCGCUCGCACUCCCGAUAACCACUACGCGUCCUUCACCUACCUCGUCCGCGCCGCCGACCGCAGUCCCAAAGACUGGCACGACAUGCGCGUCACGUACGACCGCCCUGCGCGCGCCGUGACGUGGUACCUUGAAGGCGAGGAGGUGCUCAAGGUCGACAAGAUUGGCCACUAUCUCGGCCCCGAGCACGAGGGCAACCUCUACAUCGACCGCGGGGGGUUGGAGGAGGAAGUCCCCGAGCUCCGCCAGUUGACGUGCGGCUUUGGCUCAUUCUCGCUCAUGGACAGCACGAUCGAUGACAAGCCUGGCCUGGUGCGUUUGGUCGAGACUGAGGGAUACUAUGUCCGCCCUGCCGAGUUCCUGGUCGGCGAUCGCCUGAUCGGCCAAGGCACGAAGCUGGAAGUUGCGUCAGUCAGCGUUUCGAUUGAGGAAAAGAAUGAGGAAGUGAAACAUGAGCACGACGAGCUCUAA